AUGCAGAACAUAUCAGUAACGAACACAAGCCACAGUAACAUUUUUCGUCCUGAGCCAGUAAUGUUACCUUCUCAGGCAUCUGGUAUUGCAUUUUGCGUCGCGUUUUUCUGGAUCUUAACCUUUAUCGUCGUCGGAAACGGUGUCAACAUUGUACUUUUUGCAUUUAACAAGACACUCCGCAAGAAAGCUUUACUUCUGGUCAUUAACCUCGCCAUUUCUGAUUUCAUGUUAGGUGCCGUAUCUUUACCUCUGUACAUAACUUAUUUUGUUGGAAAUUAUUAUCAAUUGUGGUUGGUUCAAUUCAGUGAUCUACCUACCGCUACCUUCUACAUAUUCGUCGAUUUAGCUUUAUUACAAGCCUCCUUCCUCUCAGCGGUUUUCAUAUCUUGUGAGAGACUUUACGCCGUGCACUUUCCAUUCAAGCACCGAACGUUGUCUUCGCGGGCAUACUGCUUGGUCAUUUUAACGGUGUGGAUAUUGGCCCUUCUCAUUGCAGGGAUCGGCACAAUAUUGAGUCACUUAGUUUCGCACAGAGCCACGGUGAUUUUUUGGGUUUGUGCUGCUUUGACUCAGAUACUUAUUAUAUGCGGAUGCAGUAUCGGUAUUUGGAGAAAGUUUCAAAACGGGGAUGUCACAGUACAUCAGCGAAACAGAGCCACGCAAAAUAAACGCUUAACAAAAGUGUUGCUUUUUGUGUCAUUCGUUGAACUGCUAACCUGGUUACCUUUAGUUACGCUCGAUUGCGUAUUCCUCUCAGGCGUUGAUCCAAGAUGUUUCGACUACGGAACUUUUCAAUUCAUCGCAAAUAUUCUUAAUUAUUCGGGAUCUUUUUUCAACCCUGUUGUUUACGCAUUAAGGAUCCCUGAGUUCAGAAAAGCGCUGAGUUUGUGCUGCACCAGCAGAGGAAGCAUAUUUAGUAGGAAACGGAAUGAAAAAAGAAGAGGAAAAACUUCAGUUUUGACAACGAUGCAGUCAGGAACGUUACAAAGCUAUCCAAGCCGACCUCAAGUGGCUUCUCAAGAGUUUGCUUUUGAUACCCGUUUGUAA